AUGUCUAACUCGGCUAAAGCAUACCAUGACUAUUUGGUAGCUCAAAAAAAAUUUAAAGCAGAAGAAGUCAAAUAUCAGCUUAUUUUAUUAAAGUUAUUUCAAACUGUUGCUGCUUCUUCAGACUAUAAUGAUGCUUUUAUGAU